UCGAUUCUAGUCAGUUGUCAUUCUUGUUGUACGGUAAAUCUCCUAAGGAAAAGGAUGAUAGAAUUUGAUAAAAAUAUCAAGCUUUCGCUGUAUUAUUGUUUUAAUAAAAGAUGCCACCAUCUAGCAUCACAGAGAAUUAUAUCUUUUGUUCAAAGUCCGCUUACGUGAAGAGUGUUAACAAAAAUGUAGACGCUAUGACACCGAAUAGGUUAAUUGUGUUCCUUGUCUUUGUGUCAGGGAUUGCAGUCGCCGUUAUUGGUACAUUGUUGACGCAGUAUAUAUGUGGACUGUCAAUAGAUUAUACAGAACAGGAGUUUCAUCAUGUAUUUUCGCCAUUGCCUCCGGAGGGUAUUUUAAAUGUUUACGAUGAAGGUGCAAUGAGCAUCAUAUUGCAGUCAUCUGAAAUGAAAAAUUCUGAGAUAGAAAGAACAGCUGCAUCUACGGCUGAAGCACUAUCAUCAUUACAUUUAGCAUUAGAGAUGAAACUUUCUGGAAAACAGAAAAAAGCUGUCAAGUUAUUCCAACAUGCUGUAGUAUUAGCACCGCAUCAUCCCGAUGUUCUAAAUCAUUAUGGAGAGUUCUUGGAACAAAUGCAAAAUGAUGUUAUUAAAGCCAAUGAGUUUUAUGUACGUGCCUUAAGUUAUCAACCAAAUCAUAAAAGUGCCUUAAUCAAUAGCCAAAGAACUGCACGCGUUGUUGAAGAAUUAGAUAGAAGAUUUUUAAGACGUAUUGAUCAAAAGAGAAAUACGUUAUCUGCCAUACCAGAUAACAAUGCUGCAUUAAUACGAGCUAAAAAAGAAGCUUAUUUUCAACAUAUUUAUCAUACCGUGGGCAUAGAAGGGAAUACGAUGAAUUUGGCCCAAACAAGAGCCAUUGUCGAAACUAGGAUUGCUGUUGCUGGAAAAAGUAUUGAUGAACACAAUGAAAUAUUAGGAUUGGAUGCUGCCAUGAAAUAUAUCAAUGCUACAUUAGUUAAUAAAUUGAAUGCUCCAGACUGGAACGCUUAUAAUACAGCUUGCUGCGGUACUGAAAGUGAUCAAACGUUCCAAACAGUAGGAUCAAUCUCAAUAAAAGAUAUAUUAGAAAUACACAGACGAGUUUUAGGACACGUAGAUCCUGUCGAAUGUGGACAAUUUCGACGUACUCAAGUUUAUGUAGGUGGACACAUACCUCCAGGUCCUGACGAUAUUCAUUACCUUAUGGAAGAAUUUGCUUUGUGGCUAAACAGUGAGAGAGCCAUCAGAAUGCACCCAGUGAGAUAUGCAGCUCUUGCCCAUUAUAAAUUAGUGCAUAUACAUCCGUUUUCUGAUGGUAAUGGUAGAACAUCUCGAUUAUUAAUGAAUAUGAUACUUAUGCAAGCUGGAUACCCUCCAGUCAUUAUACAGAAACAACAUCGUCAUAAAUAUUAUGAACAUUUGCAAAUUGCUAAUAGUGGUGACGUUAGGCCAUUUGUCAGAUUUAUAGCCGAAUGUACAGAACAAACAUUGGAUUUAUUUUUAUGGGCAACUAGCGAAUUUUCUCGACAAGUUCCAGCCUUGAGUCAAGAUACAUUAUUUACAGAAAAGCAAAAUACUAUCAUAUUAGAGGAUGAGAACAGUGAUGAUUUUGAGGAUGAUUAAUAAAUUAAAUAAUCAAAGUAUUACAUUAAAUGUAAGAACAAUAUGCCAAAGAUUAUAUUACAAUUUUAUAUUUUGAGUCAUCAAAUCGUUGAUCUUAUUUAAAUAUGGUAUAUCUGCGUGCUACAGUUCUAUUUUAUAUCAAUCAUUAUUCCAAUGCAGAUGGCAAUGCAGAGAGACAUUAAGCUUAGAUUAUGAAAAAAUUAAAACUAAUAUUCGAUUUUUUUUAAAUUUUAAUGAAGUCUUGCCAAACAUUUAUUGUAAAAUAGUUUUAUAUUUUGUAAAAAUUACAAUAAUAUAUAUAUAUAUUUGUCGUCGUCAACGCAAAUUAAUUCAAGAGAUUUAUAUUAUUUAUAUUUUAAUAUUUUAAUAUUGUUCCAGCACAAAUAUAUUUGUUAUAUUUUCAAUUGU